AUGGAUCUGCUGAGAAUGGCCCCCCUGAGCCCUCGGAAAAAAAGACCCAGGCAGAUGGGUUCCUCCAUGGCCUCUGCUCCCCAUGACAUCAAGUUUCAAGGUGUGGUCCUCUACAUUUUGGAGAAGAAAAUGGGAACCACCCGCAGAGCCUUCCUCAUGGAGCUCGCCAGAAGGAAAGGGUUCAGGGUUGAAAAUGAACUCAGCAUGAGUUUAAGCCACCAGGUCUGGGACUAGAACUGCGGNNNNGACGUGCGGGAGUGGCUGCAGGUGCAGAAAGUAAAAGCCAGCUCACAGCCAGAGCUGCUGGACGUCUCCUGGCUGGUGGAAUGCAUGAGAGCAGGGAAGCCGGUGGAGGCCACAGGAAAACACCAGCUGCUCGUGAAAAGUGACCAUUCAACCAGCCCCAGUCCAGGGCCUCAGAAGACUCCUGCCCUUGCUGUACAAAAGAUCUCCCAGUACGCAUGCCAGAGAAGAACCACUUUAAACAACUGCAACCGCGUAUUCACGGAUGCCUUUGAGACGCUGGCUGAAAAUUACGAGUUUAGAGAAAACGAAGACUCCUCUGUGAUAUUCCUGAGAGCAGCUUCUGUCCUGAGAUCUCUGCCUUUCACCAUCACCAGUAUGAGGGACACGGAAGGACUUCCCUGCCUGGGAGACAAGGUGAAAUGUGUCAUAGAGGAGAUUAUUGAAGAUGGAGAGAGUUCUGAAGUGAAUGCUGUACUGAAUGAUGAGCGCUAUAAAUCCUUCAAACUCUUCACUUCUGUGUUUGGAGUGGGGUUGAAGACGUCUGAGAAAUGGUUCAGGAUGGGCUUUCGAACUCUGAGUAGAGUAAGGUCGGACAAGAGCCUGCACUUGACACGAAUGCAGCAAGCAGGGUUCCUGUACUAUGAAGAUCUCGCCAGCUGUGUGACCAGGGCGGAAGCAGAGGCGGUCGGCGUGCUGGUUAAAGAGGCCGUCGGGGCAUUUCUUCCAGAUGCCCUCGUCACCAUCACAGGAGGGUUCCGGAGAGGCAAGAAGACGGGGCAUGAUGUGGAUUUUCUAAUUACCAGCCCCGGAUCAACUGAAGAAAAAGAAGAAGAACUUUUACAAAAAGUGCUAAACUUAUGGGAAAAGAAGGGCUUGCUAUUGUACUACGACCUCGUGGAGUCAACGUUUGAAAAGCUCAAGACGCCCAGCAGGAAGGUGGAUGCCUUGGAUCAUUUUCCAAAAUGCUUCCUGAUUUUAAAAUUGCACCACCAGAGAGUGGACGGUGACAAGCCCAGCCAACAGGAAGGGAAGAGCUGGAAGGCCAUCCGUGUGGACCUGGUCAUGUGCCCCUACGAGCGACACGCCUUCGCGCUGCUGGGGUGGACCGGCUCUCGGCAGUUCGAGAGAGACCUGCGGCGCUAUGCCACGCACGAGCGGAAGAUGAUGCUGGAUAACCACGCUCUGUACGACAAGACCAAGAGGGUAUUUCUCAAAGCAGAGAGCGAAGAGGACAUUUUUGCCCAUCUGGGACUGGAUUACAUUGAACCAUGGGAAAGAAACGCCUAGGGAAGGUGCCCCUGUGGUUUCCCGCUCUCUUCGUUAGCUACAGUGUGCUUCAUCUUAGAAGAAGGAGCCUUGGGGAAGUCGCACCCUUCCGGCCUCGGUGUAGAGCGCUGCUGGAGGGAAACAGCUUCGGCGCCGUUCGCAGGCGCCCAUCACAUGCCCUGCAGUGCGCAGGCGCCCGUCACGGUCAUCCCCUGCAGUGCGCAGGCGCCCGUCACGGUUAUGCCCUGCAGUGCGCAGGCGCCCGUCACAUGCCCAGCAGUGCGCAGGCGCCCGUCACGGUCAUGCCCAGUAGGCCGUGUGCGGGUCGCACGUGGCAGUAGACGCGCUAGCAUCGCAGUGGUGCAGGAACGUUCAGCAAGCCCCAGGUAGUGAAGCCCUCUGCGUCUCCAAUAAACAUAGGAACAAG